CCGCCCAACAUUACGACAGCUGUCAAAGUUGUCAAUUCGGAAACAAUAUCUCGAUUUUUCAUGUUCGAUACGCUAUCGCGGCGAAUUUAUUAUCAUGGCAAGCAAUAAAAAAAUAGAGGAAGGUAUAGAACAUAUACGAUUAGCUGAAAAAAGUCUAAAAACAUCCCUACUGAAAUGGCGACCCGAUUUCGAAGAAGCUGCCGAUGAAUACAACAAAGCAGCCACUUGUUUUCGUAAUGCAAAAUCUUUCGAGCAAUGCAAAGACUGUUUGAUGAAAUCCGCCGAUUGUCAUAAGCAAAAUAGGAAUUUAUUUUAUGCUGCUAAAGCCCUUGACCAAGCAAUAACAGUAUGUAAAGAAUUAGGAGAUUUACGUGAAGUAGGUCAGUUGGCUGAUAGAGCAGCAAACAUGUAUAUGCGACAUGGAAGUCCAGAAACUGGUGCUGCAUCUUUAGACAAAGCUGCGAAGAUUUUGGAGCAAUCACAUCCUGAGGAUGCUUUAAAAUUGUAUCAUCAAGCAUCAGAAAUUGCUUUGAUUCAAGAUAGUACAAGACAAGCAGCAGAAUAUAUCAGUAAAGUAGCUCGAAUUAAUGUUAAACUGAAAAAGUUUGAUGCUGCAGCUGAUGCAAUAAGACGCGAAAUUGGUAUUCAUCAACAAAAUGAAUCUUACCAAGCGAUGGGACGAUUAGCCGUUGCCUUAGUUUUGGUACAAUUGGGUAGAGGAGAUGUUGUCGCGGCAGAAAAAGCAUUUAAAGAAUGGGGUAAUUGUUGUGAAGGCGCCGAAGUACAAACAUUAGAAAUGCUGUUACAAGCGUACGACGAAGAAGACCCCGAUGCGGCUAGACAAGCUUUAAAUAAUCCAUUUAUCAAGCAUAUGGAUGUAGAAUAUUCGAUUUUAGCUAGAGAUAUGCCCCUUCCAGAAGGAAUUAAUAUUCCCCAAAAACCGAACGUUAGAGAGAACGCUACGGCCUCAUACGUCUCGCCUAAUUCCAAUAAUGAUCAAAUUUCCCCCGAUCAAACGUCUACUUCGACUCCCCUCGCAUCUGGAGAUUCAAAACCACCACAAGUUGACGAAGAGGAAGAUGAAGAAGACGAGGGUCUAUGUUAAAUUACAUUCCGCUCAGAUUGCGUAACUUAACACAUUUGCAAUGUUAAAAUUAAAUGAAAUCUGAUUGUUUUUAAUGUUAUUGUUGAGUUGUAUAUAUAUAUAUGAUGUGUAUAUGAUUUAUUUUAUAGUUAUUUCUUUGUUAUUUUAGAACGUUUAUUUAUUUUAAAAUUUUUGUACAAAGAUAAAUAGCACCCAACUAAGUAAUGUAUGUUAUUUAAUGAUGGAAAAAAAACUGAACUGGAUAUUGAUCACUAUAGUUAUUAUAGUUAUAAUUACGAAAUAGUUGUUAAUCGAUUUUUGCUGCAGUUCUAAUUGAAUAAACUUCAGCUUUAUGGCAUAA